AUGAAUGAAGGUGAUGUGGUGUGCCGGCAGCUGAGCUGUGGGCGUGCCCUCGCAGCCCCUGUGGAGGCUCAAUUUGGCGAAGGCAAAGGCGAGUUUCUGCUGGAUGACAUGGACUGUACAGGAAGAGAGAGUUUUCUGGGACAGUGUCCUCAUGCUGGCUGGUCCCUGCAUAACUGCGGUCCCGGAGAAGACGCCAGUGUCAUCUGUGCAGAAGACUGGCCUGCGCUGCGGCUGGUGAAUGGCACGGGACGAUGCUCCGGCCGGGUGGAGGUGUCCUACCAGGGCACCUGGGGGUCCGUGUGUGAUGACGGCUGGGGCCUGAAGGAGGCACACGUGGUGUGCAGGCAGCUUGGGUGUGGCCCAGCGGUAUCGGCCCCCCUCGGCUCCCACUUCGGCCCAGGCUUUGGAAAGAUUGUCCUGGACAACGUGCGCUGCAGUGGUGAGGAGAGUCGCCUGGCCCUGUGCGCCCACGACAGCUGGUUCACCCACAACUGCAAUCACGAGGAGGAUGCUGGAGCCAUCUGCUUGGGUUCUCUAACGGCAGACCCCUCCCCUCCAGGGGCCUGGGUGGAGGUGAGGCUGCUGAAUGGCACGGGGAGGUGCUCAGGCCGCGUGGAGGUGCUCGUCCAGGGCACCUGGGGGACUGUGUGUGAUGACCCCUGGGACCUGGCCGAGGCUGCCAUUGUGUGCCACCAGCUGCAGUGUGGCCAGGCAGUGGCAGCCCCCACAGGGGCUCACUUUGAGGCAGGCUCCGGGAAGAUCCUGAUGGAUGACAUACAGUGUACGGGUAGCGAGAGUCACCUAGGGCAGUGUGUGCACGGGGGCCAGGCCAGGCACAACUGUGGGCACAUGGAGGAUGCUGGCGUCAUCUGCACAGGCUUUGAUGACCCAUCAGCCUCCACCCCAGAGUCUGAAGAUGCUUCCUCGGUGUACACACUCGCAGGGGCCUGGGUGGAGGUGAGGCUGCUGAAUGGCACGGGGAGGUGCUCGGGCCGCGUGGAGGUGCUCGUCCAGGGCACCUGGGGGACCGUGUGCGAUGACCUCUGGGGCCUGGCCGAGGCUGCUGUUGUGUGCCGCCAGCUGCAGUGUGGCCAGGCGGUGGCGGCCCCCACAGGGGCCCACUUCGGGACAGGCUUUGGGAAGAUCUUGCUGGAUGACGUGCAGUGUGUGGGCAGCGAGAGCCACCUGGGGCAGUGUGUGCACGGGGGCCAGGCUGGGCACAACUGCGGGCACCUGGAGGACGCCAGCGUCAUCUGUGCAGGUCAAGCCCUGUCAGCAACCGCGCCCACCACGGAGCCUGCGAAGCUCUCUCCAGCUCCCACUCCAACAGGUGGUGGAUUAUCUGCAACCAUCGCCACAACAGAGCCUGCAGCCCUGCAGUCCACACACACUCCCCCGGCGGCCUACAAGUGCUAUCCUUCCCCCACCUAUGGUUUCAUCCAAUCGGACACAGAAAAGAUAAUUUUCCUAGCAUCACCCAACUAG